CAGUUUUAUAAGUAACGUAUUUCUCUUUGCUAGGCUUUUAUUUGCUGAAACAGACUUUGUUUCCUUAUGUGAUGCUUUACACAUAACAGACAAUGUGAGAAUAACAGCUUGGAAGGCCUAUGAAAAAAUGGAUGUAGAGAGCCAGCUGAAACAAGAAAUGUGGGGUAUCUGCAUUUUUAUGGCUGCUGUUGACCUGGAUGAGAUGACAUUCACUUUUACAGAACUUCUGAAAUGUUUAAAAAUUAGUGUAUGCAAAUUUCUGCACUUGAGUAAAGAAAUAGAUGUCAACAUGGAUACAAUUAGUACUAAAGUGGAAUGUACUAUAUCACGUCUAAAAAUAAAAUAUAAUAUACUGCUUGCACUCUACCAGAAGUUUACAAGGAUUUGUGAAAUUAUCUGCAUUGACAAGCCCAAUGAUCAAACUUGUGCUGAAAUAAGUUCUUCCUUAUUUACAAAACUCUGCUGGAUCAUGUUUCUUUUGGCAAAAGGAAAAAUACUGCAGAUGGAAGAUGAUUUGGUUAUCUCUUUUCAGCUUCUGCUGUGUGUUUUUGAUUAUUGUAUCAGACAAUUACCCCCUGCACUACUAAAAGAACCAUAUAAAUCUAUAAUUGCAGUAUCUGGUCAUGGCUCAUCUCGAACAAGUAGGCAAGGUCAGAACAGAAGUGCAAGAACAUCAAAAACUGAAACAGACAUCAAGGUUAUUGAAGAGCUCUGUAAAGAGUAUGAUUGUAGUUUGGAUGAGGUGAAAAAUGUUUACUUGACUAGCUUUAUUCCAUUUCUGAAUUCAAUGGGUAUUGCAACUUUCAGAGGACUUCCAGAGGUUGAAGAUAUGUCAAGCAAAUAUGAAGAAAUGUAUUUGAAAAACAAGGAUAUUGAUGCUAGAUUAUUUCUAGAGAAAGAUGAGACUUUGCAAUAUGAAAAUGCAGAAUGUUUACAGUUAGAGAGAACUCCUACAAAAAACCAAAUUGAAGAUUUUCCUAUUGUACCUCCACAAACCCCUGUUCGAGCUGCAAUGAAUACUAUUCAGCAGUUAAUGAUAAUAUUGAAUUCUGCAAGUGAUAUCCCUUCAGACAACCUUCUCUUCUAUUUUAAUAACUGCACAGUUAAUCCUCAUGAAUCAAUAGUGAAAAGAGUAGAAAAUAUGGGUAUUAUCUUCAAGAACAAAUUUGCUGAAGCAGUUGGACAAGGCUGUGCUGAAAUUGGAUCUCAGAGGUAUAAAAUUGGAGUAAGGUUAUACUAUCGAGUGAUGGAAUCCUUAUUAAAGUCGGAAGAAAAACGUCUGUCAGUUCAUAAUUUCAGCAAACUUUUGAAUAAUGACGUUUUCCAUAUCUCUCUGUUGGCUUGUGCUCUUGAGCUAGUCAUGGCUACAUACGGCACUUCAAGAAAUGCCUCACAGAAUGUGAAUGUGGAGACAGACUUGUCUUUUCCAUGGAUCAUCAACAUCCUGGAUUUGAAAGCCUUUGAAUUAUACAUGAUUGUUGAAAGCUUCAUUAAAGCAGAACCAAGCUUGACCAGAGAGAUGAUAAAACACCUGGAAUGCUGUGAACACAAAAUUAUGGAAUCGCUUGCAUGGCAAUCAAAUUCACCAUUAUUUGAACUGAUAAAGCAGUCCAAAGACCGAGAGGGACAGGCUGAUGAGCCCGAACCUGCCAACUAUUUUACCCAACCUCUUCAACAUAAUCACAGUGCUGCAGAUUUGUACCUCUCUCCCACAAAGUCUCCUAAGAAAAAAGUUUCUUCCCCUUUUGCAUACUCUUUUCCAGAGUCUCAGAAACCUUAUAAAUCUAGUUCUUUGUCAUAUUUCUAUAAAAAAGUGUAUUGCUUGGCCUAUAGACGAUUAAAUAACUUAUGUUUGCGUCUUCUGCCUGACCAUCCUGAACUUGAACAUUUGAUAUGGACCCUUUUUCAUCACACACUGCAAAAUGAGUAUGAACUAAUGAAAGACAGACAUUUAGACCAGAUUAUGAUGUGUUCCAUGUAUGGCAUAUGUAAGGUGAAGAAUAUUGAUCUCAGGUUUAAAACUAUUGUGACAGCAUACAAGGAACUCAACAAUGCAAAUCAAGAGACAUUCAAGUGCGUUUUGAUCAGGGAAGGACAAUAUGAUUCCAUUAUAGUCUUCUACAACAUGGUAUUUAUGCAAAGACUGAAAACCAAUAUUUUGCAAUAUGCUUCCAAUAGGCCUCCAACAUUAACACCCAUUCCUCACAUUCUACAGAGCCCUUAUAAGUUUUCUAAUUCUCCUUUACGUGUUUCUGCUGGAAAUAACAUCUAUGUCUCACCUUUGAAGAAUCCCAGCAAAUUUUCUGAAGGGCUAUUGUCACCCACAAAAAUGACACCCAGAACAAGAAUAUUGGUUUCAAUUGGUGAGUCCUUUGGGAGUUCUGAAAAGUUUCAAAAGAUAAACAAGAUGGUUUGUAACAGUGAUCGUCAUCUCAAACGGAGCCCUGAACUAAGCACCACUCCUAAGCCUUUGAAGAGAUUGCGUUUUGAUAUAGAAGGUCAGGAUGAAGCUGACGGAAGGGAACAUCUUUCUGGAGAGUCAAAAUUCCAACAAAAGCUUGCAGAAAUGACUUCAACUCGGACUAGAAUACAAAACCAGAAACUGAAUGAUGGUGCUGAAGUUUCAGACACUGUACAGAAGUGAACUGCUCUUGAGACCCAGGAUCUGCACUGUAGCUUUGAUUUCUACUACAUUGUUUUGCAUAUACUGUGUAGCUAAUUUAAUUUAGUUGAAUUUCAUGUGUUUCAGUGUUUUAUGCUAUGAUAUAGCAUAUGUACUAUUCACUUAAGUGUUAAUUUAUACAUAUUAGUUUUUAGUAAAAUUGAUUUCCCAGUGCAUUGUAGUUCAAUUAUAUUACCUUUUCAGUUUUUAUUGAACUACUUUGUUUUAGAUAUUCAUGUUCAAUAUACAAAAUGCACUGGUAUUUUAUUAAGAAUUGUCAUUUAAUGUUAGACUUGAUGCACUAUUUAUGUUUUAGGCCCCCCUCCAAAGAACACCCUACACUAUAUCAAAGAACUGCCUGCAGGACAGAGUUCUAGAAUAAUUUAUACGAUUGGAUUGUGAGGUAUAGUCACGAGUUCUGGAUGGCCCCCACUCCCCUGGACAGUGCACUUAAAUAUGGUGGUCUAGUUCCAAUACACUAGAUACCUCUAUUAAAUCAUAUACCUUGCUAACAUUAUCUUUUUUUUCCAUCUUAAAACUUAUACACAAAUUAGAAAAUUUGGCAGCCUGGUUGAAUUUUAUUAUUUUAUUUCAACAAACCACAAAUGACUGUGCAACAAAACACACUGCACAUUCUUAUCUGUCUCAUGAUCAGAGUAGUGUAAUUCUGUAGCUAUCACUUUAGUCUGUUAGUUUUGUAAUAAUCAGUAGUCAGAUUGCAAACUCAAUAUAGACCAUGAAAAUAAAGUUCUGAAAUUUUAUUAACAGUAACUAUUAAGAGUUGGCUAACCUAAACUAUCAUAACUAUGUAUUUUGACAAAUUGAGCAUAGAAAUAUUCUGUAUUCUAAUAAACAUUACAGAUUAAUAAAAUAAUUUUAAAAAUAAGAAUGA